CCACACAAAUUUGUCAUAUAAAACACCCAGACCCUUAGACGAAUCAAAGGAAACAAAGGAACACCCCAAUGUAGAAAGGAUGAGCGAUUUGGCUGCUCCUCCAUCACAAACAAUUGGACGACCGGAAUUCUUCAGGAGAGUGUACACCAUCCUGAUAAUAUUCGUGACUGUUGGACUGCUGCAACUGGUGAUUGUCAAGGCCUGUGAUUAUGAUUUUUACUUGUACUGUCCAGUGCCCAGUUUUAUGUGGCUGCUCAUCGCCUUGGGCUGCCUGAUGACGUUGCUCUGUGUGCCCUUGGGCCACGAUUUUCCGAUCAACUAUCUGCUGGGCAUUAUCGCCACCGAGGCACUGACCCUAAGUGUGCUCAAUCGGGAUUAUAUGCUGCUCACGGUCCCCUGGUCGUACGGCAUCUUGGUGGUGGCUAUAAUCCUCAGCAUUUGCCUGUACUUGAUUGGAAUUUUCAUGCCGCUUAAACUGCUGCCGGGCCCCCUGACGAUUCUGGUUGUUACCAUUGUGGCAAUUGCCACUUUGUUCUCUCUGCUAAUUACACGCCUGGUGCUGCAUUAUGAAAGUCUGGAGUUCUACAUAACCGUGAUGACGCUGCUGUAUGUCAUGCUGAUUGUUGUCUUUACCAUCACCAUGGUGCACGACAGACGUCUGCAGCCGCUGCCCCAGGAGCAGAGUAUGCUGCCGGUCAUCGUUUUAGCGGCACUCUUCUUCUACAUGGUGCACAUGAUUGGCGUCACUGUACUUUAUGCUGUGCAUUACCUCAAAAUCACAUCAGCAAUAAUGCCACAUCGAGUACAAAAGUAGAUCUAACCUGUUCUCUUUCGUCUUGGUCAAAGGCACACAACAAUUUGGCUGACGUGUGCAAAUUUGAUUGGCUAGUAAUCUUUGGGAUAUCGAUGGACUUCUAUUUACAUAUGCAUUGUGCUCUUUGGGGCUUUUAGCUACGACAGUUCUGGUUGAGGCCGAGCCUUUUUGUGUGUUUUAUCAAAGACCUUCUGGACGAUUACACAGACAGAUUGACAAAAGGGAAACAAAUGUAAA